AUGUCUGCUGAUCUUGCCUGCGUUUAUGCCGCUCUCAUCCUCAACGAUGGCGAAAAGGAAAUCAAUGCUGAAUCCCUCGCUAAGGUUGUUGCUGCCUCUGGCCUUAAGGUCGACGAGUUCUGGAUGAAUCUUUAUGCCGAUUAUUUCAAGAAGGCCAACGUUUCCGAUUUAAUCAAGAAUGUUAGCCUCGGUGGUGCUGCUGCCCCAGCCGCCGGUGCUGCUCCAGCUGCUGCCGCUGCUGAAGCUCCAAAGGAGGAAGUCAAGGAAGAAGAGCCAGCUGCCCCACUCGAUCUUGGCGACAUGUUCGAUUUCUAA